CAGGUGGCGGCAGUGCGCUGCCGACCUAGAUAGGCAACAAGUGUUGUAAAAGAAGAAGAAGCUUCCCUUUCAGGAAGUGGUCUUUAAAGCGAUGACAUAAACGGUGCUUUGUCACACUUAAUCACGAUGGAGUUUUCUCGUCGGGCAUCAGGCCAUUUCCCCCUGGUGGUGGUGGAGCUGUCAACUGACACCACGGAAGAAACGGUGGCAUGGUUAACGGGCAGGAUGAGAGAAAACCAGAAGGACGGAGGUGCUGAGUUGCUGGUGGAACGACUGAGCUCCGGAGUUGGGCCUCAAGGAAGUGAGAACCCCAACAUUUUUCUUGUGGGCGCCUCCUGGAAGAGGCUCCUUGUUGGUGCUGAAGAUUUGGGUCUCUUCAAGGAGUUCAAUGAUGGAUCCAUGAGAGGCUUCACGAAUGUCAACAGAAACAACUUCAAAGACUUCCAUGGGGAUGGAGAUGGCUUCCUUAGCAUGGCCGAGUGUCAAUACAUCAUUAAACAUGAGUUGGAGAAUUUACGAGCUAAAAAUGAGAGCUAUGUUCCAGGUUACGAACAAGCCAAGCUCUAUCCAGGGAAAUCUAUCGUUCGUAGACUUCAAUCCAAAAAAAUCCUGAUCCAAAUAUUUCCACUUCAUGACAAAGAGGAACUGAAGAGACUUUCUUUUAACUGGUACAAAAAGAUCAAAACAUCUUUUCAGCCUCUUGAUGACAUCAGACACUACUUUGGGGAGGGUCAGGCUCUGUACUUUGCCUUCCUGGAGUACUUUACAUUGGCGCUGGUGCCUAUGGCCCUCAUUGGGAUGAUCUAUUAUCUGUUUGGCUGGGACGAUUACGGCAAAUAUGUUUUCUUUGCUGUUUUCAACCUGAUCUGGUGCACUGUUAUCCUGGAGCUAUGGAAGCGCUACAGUGCCUCUCUAGCCUAUGGCUGGGGCACACUAAGCAGAAAGAAGGUGUUUGAAGAACCCCGGCCUGGUUUUCAUGGUAUUCUUGGAUUCAACCCCGUUACAGGACGUGAAGAGCCCCUCUACCCCAACUAUAAGCGCCAGCUCCGUGUCUACCUUGUGUCCCUACCCUUUGUUCUUCUGUCGCUCUACGUGUCCCUCUUCGUCAUGAUGAUCUAUUUUCAGAUGGAAGGAUGGGCUUUAAUGGUCCAUGAUCGGGACCAAAGCCUGUGGACUGGAAUUCUGACCUUCAUUCCCAGUGUAGUCUAUGCUGUGGUUAUAAAUAUUAUGAAUGUCCUCUAUAGAUAUGCUGCCGAGUUCCUCACAGACUGGGAAAAUCACAGGCUGGAGUCCUCAUAUCAGAACCACUUGGUCCUCAAAGUACUAGUUUUCAACUUCCUGAACUGUUUUUCCUCCUUGUUUUACAUCGCCUUCGUAAUGCAAGACAUGGUGCUGCUCAGACAGAGUUUGGCAACCUUGUUGAUCACCAGUCAAAUCCUAAACCAGUUCCUGGAGGCCUUCCUGCCCUACUGGCUUCAGAGGAGACGCAAUAAGAAGAUGAUGUGCAAAGUUAAGAAGAGUAGAAUUGUGGAAGGCAAGGAACUUCUUUUGAAUGAGCAGGUUGAACUGGAAGCUGAGAUGAACACAUACUUGGGUACUUUUGAUGACUACCUGGAGUUGUUCGAGCUCUUCGGUUACGUCAGCUUGUUCUCAUGUGUUUAUCCUCUGGCUGCUGUUCUCGUGGUUUUGAAUAACAUCACAGAGAUGUACUCGGAUGCCUUCAAAAUGUGCAAGGUGUUCAAACGGCCCUUCUCAGACCCGGCUGCAAACAUCGGAAUCUGGCAGCUUGCUUUUGAAGCCAUGAGUGUCAUCGCUAUCGUGACCAACUGUGCACUUAUUGGCUUGUCCCCUCAAGUCAAAGCUUUCUUUCCAGACUCAGACAUGCGCCUCAUACUGUGGACCGUGGCUCUGGAGCAUGGACUGCUGGCCUUCAAGUUCAUCCUGACUUUCCUCAUUCCAGAUGUUCCCAAACACAUCCAAGUCAAACUGGAUUGUCUGGACUUCGCAUCAGUGGAAGCCCUCAAGAAAAAAAAAAUGCUUCAAGUUAGUUGAGGUUCCAAAGAGUGAAAGAGCUGGAAAAUCUGCCAAAGAAAACAAAGACUUCAAACAUAUCACAUCUUCAAGUGUGUAUUAAUUAUCAAAAGUCGACCUUCUGUUUGUUCUUAACACUGAAGGAGGUGAAAAAGUCUACAAGAUUGACCCAGAAAACACAAGUGCCACCAUAAUGACCAGAUUUAAUGUACUGUAGCGUGCUAGGCCCAAGUAGUCAUUAAAAACAAAGCAGGUGUAUAUUUAGUAGCAGGAAGAACACUGCUCUUUUAUUAGCGACAGGAAGGGAAUUUCAAACUUUAACAUUCGGCUUUUCUCUUGAGUUUGUCAACACCUCCUCUAUGCAUGAAAAAGAGUCAAAGAGUCUUUGUGUCCAUCUUGUGUUGAGCUAUUUAAAAAGCAUAAUGUGGAAUAAAUGAACAUAAAUCCAACUAAUUGUCCAGUCCCACAUUGAUAGCAUUAAACUGUCGACAAUACACUUCUCAAAAAUAAAAAACUUUCUGCAAUGAAUUAAUUGCGCGUUAACUACAAACAAGGUGUGAAUAAUCACCAUUAAAUAUUUUGAUAGUAGAAAGAGAAAGUUACCUCAAGGCCAAACAGCAAUUAUUGUCGAUUGAACAUAUGUACCUUUUGUGUUCUCAUGUCUGAAAGUUGAAUAGUCUUUGUAAUAGAACCUUGUUUUAUUUGAUUUUUCUAACAACAAAUAUGUGCCAAAUUCUAUUUAAAUUGGUUUAAUUGGUCAUUAAAAAUGACUUUUUAAAAACCCCUAAUGUACAAAUUCUAAUAUUUUUUUCAAACUGUCAAACUGAAAAGCUUCAAGACUUUUUUAUCUGCUACUUUUAUUCCCCUCAUGUUUGCUUUUCUCUUUUUUUUGCUGCCAUUUUUCACAGCGUAAACUGUAAUGAGCUUUUAACUGUUUGUGGGAAUAAGGUGUAAAAUAUAGACGCAUGUUGACUGCACUCCCAAAAAAAUGUCCCAUCUUAAAUCAUAAUUAUAUGAUAAGAAAGCCAUCAUUUUGGGAUAAAAAGUUGAAAUUAGGAGAUGAGAAGUAAUAUCCCUUUUAUUUGUAUAGCACUAAUUAACAAGAAAACUGUCUCCUAAGUGCUGAACAUAAAAAAAAACAAUAAAAGUAAUCAAAUUACGAGCAUUUAAAAAGAAAGAAGUAAACAAUAAACAAACAAAUAAUAAUAAUAGAAUAUAAUACAACAAUAAAAUUGAAUAAAAAACUAACAAUAUAAUAGAAUAAAACAAUAAAAGAUACAGAGGACCACGAGAAUCUGGACGAUUUAAAGGCCAGAGAAUAAAAGUGGGUUUUAAGACGAGGCCAAGAAAAUUAUGAGCUAAAAAAUGUAAAUUGUGUGAUUAAAAAUCAUGAAAUGAUAAAUCGAAAUUAUGAGAUACAAAUUAUAGGAUAAAAAGUUGAAGUUGAUACUGUUGUUGAUAAUAUUCAUUUUGUUUCACUACUUUUGUUUGUGUCUCCUCUCAAUUGCUCUGUUUAUUGCAGUUCUGAGUGUUGCUGGGUCAGGUUCCGUUUUGGAAUUGGAUUGCAUUGUUAUGGUAUUGCUGUGUAGUGGUUUGUUGGAUUGAAUAAAAAAAAUUUAUAUGUA